AUGGAGCCUGCGGACGAACCACCGGGCGAAUCUUUUCAUACUGUUCCAAUUUAUCAAUUUGACGCGUCUUCCGAUAGUGAUUCUGACGACCCAGGACGAAUUGUUCCUCCCGUAGGACCUCCCUCAGAGGUAUCAAUGGUCGCGGAAUCUAUACAGACUAGGCCAAGCAUGGACGACGACGAUCUAUUCGAGGAUAGCACCAGUGAAGAAGAGCAAUAUCCGGAAGUUUCUACAGGACUAUCAACACGGUCUCCUGGAGCUCCAGUUUUACCAACUAUGUCAGCAAGUCCGACUCCAGCAUAUGAAAGUCGGGGUAUAACAGACGUUCCGGACAUUCCAGGAAGGGUAGAUACUCGGGGUAUAAUGCCUUCUUCAUUAACAAGCGCUCCUAUAAGUUCCGAAAGAAGAUUGCAUCGAUCAAGUUUGGAACAAACCCAAUCGCCCCAAGUUACGCAACCUCACCCAGCCUUCGAUAGUGCUGCGCGUGGAACGCAAAAAGAGAUAUCUGAAAAAGAACGCCGUGAUUCACGAACAUAUCAUCAUCAUCGAGAAUCAUCAGAUCUUUUGCCAUUGACACUUGUCUCUGAUCGUGGAUCGAGCGGUCUUUCAUUUACAACAAAUUUUGCAUACCUUCCGUCACCAUUUGGCCGAGUAAUAACACGUUCACAAAUAAUGGCACGGGUGGCUUGGUUCUCACAAUUAGCUAUAUUCAAUAUUGUCUAUGCGGGCUAUAAACUAGGUGGACAAAGUACAAAUACGUCAACUAGUGAUACUAAUAUCAACGAUGGAAAAAAUUACGCAGCCAACCUUAUCGGAUUGGUUAUUUUUCCUAUUAUAUUCUUCAUAUUAUAUAUUGUCUUUGUAACAAUUUGGACAUAUCUAGAUCUUCGAAGAAAAGGAUUUGACACGUCAUUCACAGUCUUAUAUUAUUCUCCUUUAAUGCUUUUUUCAAUAUUUUUCGAUGAAACAAGACGUGUAGAUGUCUCCAAGUUUCAUGAGGUUAAUUAUGGUGCUAAAUGGUGGCGAUUUGGAACCACUAGG